AUGGGUCUACACGCAGAUGGAACCAAAGAUCCUGCUGAGGUGCGCAACUGGCGUAUCCAUUUGAUUGCCACUAUUGCUUCCAUGUCCGCCAUCGCAAUGGGAUAUGACACCUCCGUCAUUGGCGGUACAAUGGCUCUUGAUUCCUUCAAGCGAGACUUUGGCCUCGCCGAUGCAUCAGGAAGCGCUCGUGACACGCUUCAAGGCAACAUUGUUUCUACUUUUCAAGCUGGUUGUUUCUUCGGUUCUCUCCUCACUUUCCCUCUUGCUGAGCGGUAUGGACGCAAGAACACCGUCUUUCUCGCUGCCAUCAUCUUCAUCAUUGGUGGAACACUCAUGACUGCUUCCCAUGGCAUGCUAGGUCUACUUAUCACUGGCCGCGCCGUCGCUGGUCUGGGCAUCGGUGCUGCUUCUCUCAUUGUCCCCGUAUACAUUGCUGAAGUGUCUCCUCCAUCCAUCAGAGGACGGCUGAUUGGUAUAUUUGAGGUUGCAUCCCAAGGUGGUGGCAUGCUUGGUUUUUGGAUCAAUUAUACAUCUGAUCGUACUAUUUCAAAGUCGCUACCAGCACAGUGGAUCAUGCCCCUUGGACUCCAACUAGUCCCUGGUGCUCUCCUGUGCUUCGGUAUGCUCUUUUGCCCCGAGUCUCCACGUUGGCUUGCCCGUCAAGAUCGCUGGGAAGAAGCAAAGAAGGUCCUAAUUGAUCUCCGCCGACUUCCUGGCGACAGUGAGUACAUCCUUGACGAGCUUUCCGAGAUCCGCCAACAGGUCGAAGAACGUGCUGCCAACAGGAUGAAGUUUAGCGACAUGUUCAAGCGCCUCUUCCAGCGCGGUGUGCGUAACCGUAUCAGUAUCGGCUUAUUGCUCAUGGCAUGCCAGAACCUGACAGGCGUCAACAUUAUUACUUACUACUCCCCCCGCAUCUUUGAAACUCUUGGCAUUACCGGCACCACCACUAAACUGUUUGCUACUGGCUUCUACGGCAUCGCCAAAACCUUGGGCAUGAUUGUCUUCUCUGUCUGGUUGGUCGAAAAAGUCGGUCGCCGCAAUGGCUUGAUCUGGGGUGCCUUUAUCGGAUCUCUUCCUAUGUGGUACAUUGGCGGAUACGUCAUGAAGGCCGAUCCAACUCGCAAUGCAGCAGCAGGAAAUAUUGACCAGAACGGCUGGGGAUACCUUGCAAUGGUGUGCGUCUACCUCUACGGAUUCAUUUACUGCGCCACCUGGCAAGGUAUCACUUGGGUGUACUGCUCCGAAAUCUUUCCCAUUGAUAUUCGUAUGCUAUGCACAGCAAUUACCACUGCCGAUCAAUGGUUCUGGAGCUUCCUCGUUUCCCGCACCACUCCAUACAUGAUUACUUCCCUGGGCUACGGAACAUACAUGUUCUUUGGUGCGCUUAUGGUGAUCAUGGGCUUCUGGGCUCUCUUCUUCAUUCCCGAAACCAAGGGUCUUUCGCUUGAAGAUAUGGAUAGACUCUUUAGUACCAGCACUUGCUCGACCGUCUGGCAAUCACUUGUCCAGCGCCGUAGCGUGGAGGAGGUGCUUGCAGAGCGUACUCGGGAUAGACCUCUAUAUGAUGAUAUCAAGAAGGAAGACCUUGCGAGCCAUGUCGAGUAUACCCGUGCUUCUGGUAAGGUAUGA